UUUACAUUUUUUUCUCUUUUUACAUACAAAUGUUAAAUUAUGUUCAUCAUCUUCGUUAAUUUAUUCAAUUUAAUGACAAAAGAUUAAGAGCAGUGUGUGAGAAAUUAAAAAGAGUGAAGCUCCCAAUUGGAAAGGGAAAACUUUCUUGGUUACCAAGCAUACGAGAUGAGUAGAGAGUUAUCAAGAUUAAUUCCCAAAUUUUUCAACAAACCCAACCCAUAUCAAAUUUGUAGGUUUGCAAUCUUGUUAAACAUAAUCUCAACCCCAUAGGCUAUAUAGCCAUAGGGGUUGUCACUUUUCCAAUUCGAACAAAAUGAUCGCAACAAUGAUAACCAAGAAAAUAGGUCGGUUUAAUAUUUUGCGAGACCGACAAAACUCGCUAGCCUUUUUCUUGAUUGGAACUUAAUAGGUCGGUUCAAUAUUUGGGUUUUCUUCCAAUGCAGAAUAAAUCUUGGUGGGAUGUGAGAAACUGGUUGGCCGGCACAAUACACCCAGUUGACAAGCCACUCACUCUCCACAAUUCUCUUCCGAAAUUUGUCCGGCACUGACUAAACUUUAAAUUGCUUUUUUCAUUGUAAAUUUUAAUUAAGAUCCCAAAACCCUGCAACUACGGGAAAAAUAAUCGUAUUCCCCACAUACAGACAUACUAGCAUUUGAAUUUGGAAAGUUAAAGAUUUAUGUGAUGGCUUAAUGAUCUUCUUUUAGCUUCCGGUGUUACUUGCAGUUUCAUGCAAUGCCUGAAUAUAAGAGCAGGAAUGGAGAUUCCAGACAAGAAGCUCCUCAAGUAUGCGCUUCAGUACAUACUGGGAUUGGCAAGGCCAGGGCGGGUCUAAUCAUAUCCGAGCUAAACAUGACCAACAAACUUGCCGAGGACUUGACCCGAAGAGAAGUUGCUGCCAUUGGCGAGGAAAUCUCCAAGUACUUAGUUGGGAGGGAGUUGGCAAUUGUUGUCGAGGGAGACAUCAAGAGAAUGAUAGACAUUCAGUGCUACAAGGGGAUCAGGCAUAUUGAUAAGUUGCCGGGCCGAGGGCAGCGCAUCAGCACCAAUUCCAGAACUAAAAUAGCUCGUACGCGGAUUGCAGUUGCAUCAUCUGUUCGUGUCGGGAAUUUCCAUCGGGGACGUUUCUUGGUCGGCAAGAUGCACAGCUCCCCUGGAGGUUUGGCGCCGGUUGAAGGCUGCUGUCGGGCUUCUGCUUCGUGGUGGGGCUUUGUCGGGCAAGGCUGGAAGAGAAUGACAGCUUUAACUUUGAAAGGAGUCUUAUAA